AUGCCACCCAAGAAGGGGAAGGGACGACGAAAGAAGAAGGUCGAUGUGUUGAUUGACCCGGACGAGCCGUUUCGUCAGUCGUUGGAUGCGGCAUUCUACGUGGCCAAGCCGCGCCGAGAGGGCAUCGACGCCGCCUACAUGCAGCAGAUCGAUACCGCCAUCCGGGCAUUCACAGUGGCGCAGCCACCCGUAGAAGCGGCGACGGUAGAAGCGCAGGAGAAGCUGAUUCUGGAGGAGACAGCGACGUCUGUGCCCAUCACGGCGGUGCCGUACAUUGUGCGUGCGUUGGGUUUCAACCCCACCGGCGAGCAGAUGCGGCAGAUUGCCUUCCUUGUUCUCUGCGACAUGACGCAGGCGAGUGUCUCCACAACAGAGUCGACCCCAUCCGCAACAGAGGGAUCGCAGGCUGUCAGUGAGCCGAGGCGUGAGAUGGAGCGGAGCGAAAUGGUGGAGUCGUGUCUGUCGAUGAUGAGCGUCACCGCAACGUACCUGGAGGGUAAAGCGCUCGGCUUAAUGGCCGAUCGCCGCAAGUUGGAGGCGGUGCUGCUGGAUAUGCUGCACACGGGCCUGCUCGUGUAUGACAUGACGAAGAUUGAUAGCAAGUCUGUGGUGCCUGUCCCGGCAAGGCGUGUGGCAUCGGUGGUGGAGCGCGGCGAUCCCGAGCGCGUUGAUGAGGUGUUCGACACAAUCUGGUGGGCGACGCGGCAGCUCCAGCGCGAUGACGGCACGCGAUACAUUGAUGUGGCGGAGCUCCAGCGGCUGAUGGAGGUUGCCACCGCCUCGACGCGCAGCGAAGAGCCGGCGUUCACGGCAGAGGAGCUCGAGACGUUCCUGUACUUUGUUCAUGACGGGCGGGGGGAGUCGGUUGGCGAGGAUACGUUUGCACUGACGGCGUUGUACGGUGGUUAG